CUCGGCCAAAGCCAAAACACAAGUGGCUUCUCGCGGGCCGGUUCUCAAGCGUACACAGCGCAAACGACGGCACACACGGAAGACACCUGGAAAGCAUCAGGGUGUAGCAGAUUCUGUGUAGCCUGUGCCCAGCUUCAACUGGUAGUGGAAGUAACAGUUAGAUGUGCUCCACGGCGCUCGCAUUCUCUGGGUUUCUUCACUCACUAUCCCGCUUUCCGGAUUGCGCCAAACCACCAGAAGUCUUUAUCUUUGGAUCAUAUUGCUUUCAGAACACAGAGCUGAUUUGAUCACGUCUGCCUCACCGCCUCAGUUCCUCGUUCAGGUUUUGCUGGCGCUCUCUUUGUGCUAAAAAAUUGCACUAGGAGCAAACCGGAUCUAAAGGACACGCCAUGGCGAAUCCAAUUCCAGCAAAGCGCAGGGAGCCGCAAAAGCAGAUAGCUGUUGCUGACGAAGCCUACAUGGAAAUGGGUGCCCCAGGACAAAUCCAUCAACUGGACGCUCCCCUGCGCUCGCCAAACCACAUGCGCUCCACGUCCUCUCCUCAGAGCAUGGAGCUGAAACACUCGCUGAGCGUUGGACGCAUGGACAGUGGCGACAGCGUUCAACAAGGCCACGCACUGCACAAUCGACUAGGACAGUCCCAGCAGAGAAUCCUGGAGACGAGCUCUGACGAGCCAGUAGUAGCCCGGUUCAAGUUGGGUCCCACCCAGCAGUACCAGAACACAGCGAAUGCUUACAGCGGAACUCCUAAUCCAGCAACGCUACAUGCUAGCCAAACGGCGCAAGAUAGACCACCGACACCGGAAGCUCCGUACUACGGAGAGACACCACAGUAUAGUGUGAUAGGGUCGUCGGCCAAAGAACGUCGCACGGACAGCGUCCUGUACGGAAACAGAACAGCGGAAAGACGGCGGCGCAAAUCGCGCGGUUCGGAGAGCAAGGAUGCUGGAUCAUCCGGUGCGGUCCAUGGCACAUUGGGUUUCUUGAUCAUGUUGUUGCUGGUCAUACUGAGUGUGGCUGCUCUAGGCCUGUCAAUCUACCUAUUCGUCACGCGCCCAAGUGAUUGCUCCUGCGGCGAAUCCACCAACAAUGGUCCAACCGACAGUGGGAAUAUUGGGAACAGUGGGAACACGUUAAGCCAGACAGAUCUUCAGAAUCUUCAGAAUCAAGUUGAUCUCCUUUCGUCGAUGCUUAUGGGCAGUGCUAGCAGGCUGGAUUCACUCAAUACCACCGUGGAAACGGUGCAGACACAGACUGCAAGUACAGAGCAGCGCUUGCAGAUGAAUGAAGCAUCGAUAACCACACUGCAGACGACAUCAAAUAUGAACACAAAUGGGAUUGCCGCAGCGGUGUCCAAUAUCUCCAGUCUUCAAACGAGGACAGUGGACCUAAAUCAAGGUCUGAACAAUGCCUACAGUAUGGGACUCCUCUUCAAUUGCACAAACAUUAUCCGUGCCUGCAAUGUCGUAGCGACUGUAGCAGGAUCAGUGGAGUCAUGUGACAUUGUCAACUUUCCUCUAGCCGUUCCAAGGGGGAAAUUUAUGAUCGGAGUGGCGUGCGAAGUCAACGAAGCCGCCUUCCCAUACUCCAUAAGGAGUCUGGUGAGGCAUGAAGUAGGCCAGGACAUCUCCUAUUCGUGCAACUGCCGGUUCGAUGGUCCGAACACACCCGUGAAUGCUUUGCUGAUCUGCACAACUCGCCUAACAGUGUGCUCAAAAUCAACUGCCUGAGAAAAAAUGAUGAUGUAAUGCUGAUGUCAUAAACUUAUGAACACAAAAAUCACACUGUGCAUUUCUACAUGUGUCACUUCACUCUCUACAUGGUAUGGACACUCGAAACGGAGAAGGGCUGCACUGGUGCUUCUAUUCAUAAUAUAAUAUCCCUUUACUGAUAUGACGAUGGCUUCAUAAUUUGUAUCAAAAUAAGAAUGACUUUUAGCGGAUACGAACGUGAAUUUAGAGUUUUCUGCUAUCCUCUCGUAUUUCCCAUGUACAUGUACCGUAAGUGCUUGAUUUGUGUGCAUUGCUCGUUGAUUUGGUUUUCGCAGGAUCUUGUAAUUAUCUUGAUCUUUUACAUUUAUGAUCUUGUCCGCAGUGAUUGAUAGUUUUUGAAAAGUGGGUGCAUCCAAAAGAGGGGGGGGGGGGUGUACUGCUGACAUAACAAGAGUAAUCUUCUGUGUUUUUUCAUUAGGUGCUGAAACGCGUUGGAAAAUUUAGUUGGCACGAAUGGCUUUCACUAUCUUAUAACUUGUUCACAUUUAACACAAGAUAAUAGUGUUUUACUAAGGUAUACAAUGUAGUUACAUGUAUAUGUAUGUCUAUUCUCAUGACCAAUAACAUAUCGCGUUUAUAAACAUCCGUUAUAGCCACAGCGAAUCUCACCUUGCUUGAUCUUUCCUCCUCGCAAUGUGGGUUAUCGUAUCUGACAUCAUUGAUGCGAAAUCACGUUAGCGUGCCUUA